AUGGAGACCGCGCCAGCAAAAACGCUACAAAAAAGGCAAGUUCUCUUUCUUGCUAUAUUGUUCCUUUUGUGGGAGACUGGCUCUGAAGAAAUUAGGUAUUCCAUGCCAGAAGAAACAGAAAGUGGGUCUUUUGUGGCCAACCUGGCAAAAGACCUGGGUCUCAGGGUGGGGGAACUAGCCACGCGGGGCGCGCGAAUCCAUUACAAAGGAAACAAACAGCUCUUGCAGCUGGAUAUAACGACCGGGAAUUUGCUCCUAUAUGAAAAACUAGACCGGGAAGUACUGUGCCGGGCAACAGAUCCCUGUAUACUGCAUUUCCAACUAUUACUGGAAAACCCGGUGCAAAUUAUUCAGGCUGAUCUACAGCUCACAGAUAUAAAUGACCAUUCCCCAGAGUUCCUGAGAGAAAUGCUUCUAAAAAUCCCAGAGAGCGUCCAGACAGGGACUGUGUUUCCUUUGAAAAUAGCUCAGGACUUUGACAUAGGUAGCAACACGGUUCAAAACUACACAAUCAGCCCCAACUCCCAUUUUCAUGUUGUCACUCAUCAUCGUGGAGAUGGCAGAAAAUACCCAGAGCUGGUGCUGGACAAAGCACUGGAUCGGGAGCAGCAGCCUGAGCUCAGUUUAACCCUCACCGCGCAGGAUGGGGGGGCUCCGCCCAGAUCUGGGACCACUACAGUCCGCAUCGAAGUCGUGGACAUUAAUGACAAUGCCCCAGAGUUUUUACAGUCCGUCUAUGAGGUACAGAUUCCAGAGAACAGUCCCCUAAACUCCUUAGUUGUCGCUGUCUCUGCCCGAGAUUUAGAUGCAGGAACAUAUGGGAAAGUAGCCUAUGCUCUGUUCCAAGGAGAUGAAGUUACUCAACCAUUUGUAAUAGACGAAAUAACAGGAGAAAUUAGUCUGAAAAGGGCUUUGGAUUUCGAGGCAACUCGAUUUUAUAACGUGGAGAUUGCAGCCACAGACGGCGGAGGCCUUUCAGGAAAAUGCAGUGUAGCUAUAGAGGUGGUGGAUGUGAACGACAAUGCCCCCGAACUGACCAUGUCGAGACUCAUCAGCUCUAUCCCAGAAAACUCCCCAGAGACUGUGGUGGCUGUUUUCAGUGUUUCUGAUCCAGAUUCCGGGGAAAACGAGACACCGCUAGACAGAGAGGAAAGAGCCCAGUACAACAUUACCAUCACCGUCACUGACAUGGGAACCCCCAGACUGAAAACCGAGCACAACAUAACCGUGCUGGUGUCCGACGUCAACGACAACGCCCCCGCCUUCACCCAGACCUCCUACACCCUGUGGGUCCGCGAGAACAACAGCCCCGCCCUGCACAUCGGCAGCGUCAGCGCCACAGACACAGACGCGGGCGCCAACGCCCAGGUCACCUACUCGCUGCUGCCGCCCCCCGACCCGCUCGUGCCCCUCGCCUCCCUCGUGUCCAUCAACCCCGACAACGGCCACCUCUUCGCCCUCACGUCCCUGGACUACGAGGCCCUGCGGGCCUUCGAGUUCCGCGUGGGCGCCACCGACCGCGGCUCGCCGGCGCUCAGCAGCCAGGCGCUGGUGCGCGUGCUCGUGGCGGACGCCAACGACAACGCGCCCUUCGUGCUCUACCCGCUGCAGAACGCCUCGGCGCCCUGCACCGAGCUGGUGCCCAGGGCGGCCGAGCCGGGCUACCUGGUGACCAAGGUGGUGGCGGUGGACGGCGACGCGGGCCAGAACGCCUGGCUGUCGUACCAGCUGCUCAAGGCCACGGAGCCCGGGCUGUUCGGCGUGUGGGCGCACAACGGCGAGGUGCGCACGGCGCGGCUGCUGAGCGAGCGCGACGCGCCCAAGCAGCGGCUGGUGGUGCUGGUCAAGGACAACGGCGAGCCGCCGCUGUCGGCCAGCGUCACGCUGCACGUGCUGCUGGUGGACGGCUUCUCGCAGCCCUACCUGCCGCCCCCGGAAGCGGAAGCGGCGGCCGCGGCGCCGGCCGACCCGCUCACCGUCUACCUGGUCGUGGCCUUGGCGUCGGUGUCGUCGCUCUUCCUCUUCUCGGUGCUGGUGUUCGUGGCGGUGCGGCUGUGCAGGAGGGGCGGGGCGGGCUCGGCGGGUCGCUGCCCGGUGCCCGAGGGCCACUUCCCGGGCCACCUGGUGGACGUCAGCGGCACGGGGACCCUGUCGCAGAGCUACCAGUACGAGGUGUGUCUGAUGGGAGGGACUGGGUCCGGCGAAUUCAAAUUUCUCAAACCUAUUGUCCCCAGCCUCAUGAGUGAAGGAGCUGAUAUGGACACCGCGGAAAACGCUAACUUUAGAAAUCGUUUGGGGUUCAGUUAG